AUGUCCGACACCAAGAGCUCGGUCGAGGCCAUGCGCCCCAUCGAGUUUGUCGACAGAGCCGACUCGACAGGCAGUUAUUUCUCCGACAAAGAGGAUGCUGUCAGCCAAUCGUCUCACGAAAAACCGACUCCAGAGGAGCUGCUCACCCUCCGCCGCGUAGCAUCCAAGAUCCCGCUCGACAUCUACUCCAUAGCCUUCAUCCAGCUUUGUGAACGCUUCUCCUGGUUCGGAACCGUCAUCCUCUAUACCAACUUCAUCCAGAUGCCCCUGCCCAAGGGCUCCGUCACAGGCGCGCCCCUCACGCGGGACGGCCAACCAGGCGUCCUGGGCAUGGGCCAGCAGGCGUCGACCUCCAUCACUUUCUCCAACAUAGCUGUCGGCGCCUGCAUGCCCCUCCUCGGCGCCUACAUCGCAGACCAGCACCUCGGCCGAUACAAUACCAUAUGCGCGGCGCUGCUGAUCGCCAUCCUGGGCCACCUGAUACUCGUCGUGGCCGCCUCCCCGCCUGUGUUGGCUCAGGGACCUUCGCACGCGCUCGCUGCCCUCAUCGUCGGUAUGCUCACCGUCAAUUUCGCCGCCGGAGGUUUCAUGCCAAACAUCAGCCCCAUGAUCGCCGAGCAGAUCGACACAGAAAAGGGUCCUCGAGUCGUCGUCCUACCCAAGACGGGCGAGCGUGUCAUCGAGGAUCCCGGCGUGACCAUCAGCCGCGUCUAUAAUUGGUUCUACCUUUUUAUCAACAUCGGCGCCCUGGUGGGUCAGAUAACCAUGGUGUACGCCGAAGCCUACGUAGGUUUCUGGCUGGCAUUCCUGCUGCCGGCCAUCAUACUCUGCCUCUGCCCUUCCAUCAUGUGGUGGGGCCGCAAGCGCUUCAAGACCAGAAAGCCUGCAGGCAGCGCCUUGGGCAAGGCCCUAAAGACUUUUCUGUUGGCCAACAAGGGGAGAUGGCAUGUGCUGCCAUGGGUGACUUAUCAGAGGCUCAACGACGGGACCUUUUGGGAAAACGUCAAGCCGAGCAACUUUGCGCCUGGGACGAAGCCCAAGUGGAUGACCUUUGAUGAUGCCUGGGUUGAUGAGCUCCGCCGCGGAUUCGCCGCCUGCCAAGUGUUCCUUUGGUUUCCAAUUUACUGGCUGUGCUUUGGUCAGAUCAACAACAACCUGAUCUCACAGGCCGCUACCAUGAGGCUCGAUAACGUACCGAACGACCUGCUGACAAACCUGGCCCCCAUAUCUCUGAUCGUAUUGAUUCCCAUCUUUGACUUUAUCAUCUACCCCUUCCUCCGCAAGCACAAGAUCAACUUUACGCCCCUCAAGAAGAUCACGGCCGGUUUCCUGAUGGGCGGCGCGGCCAUGGCCUGGGCGGCCGUGGUACAGAGCCGCAUCUACAGCCUUUCCGAGUGCGGCGCCAUGGCAUCCGGCAUGACUGCUACCGGCGGCAAGUGCCCACCCGCCAACCUGUCGGUGUGGGCGCAGACGGGCUCGUUCGUGCUGGUCGCGCUGUCCGAGGUCUUGGCAUCCAUCACGUCGCUCGAGUACGCAUUUAGCAAGGCGCCCAAGAACAUGCGGUCCACGGUCCAGGCCAUCUCCGUGUUCAUGGCGGCCUUCAGCAGCGCCCUGGCCGUGGCCUUUGUUCCGCUGAGCACCGACCCAUUUCUGGUCUGGAACUACGGUACCAUGGCCGUCAUCGCCUUGGUUGGAGCCACCUUGUUCUGGUGGGCAUUUAGGGACCUGGACAGCAAGGAGGACGAGAUGAAUGAGCUGCCUGAGGGCAAGUUGUAUGCCGAUAGUGAUGAAGAGCUGUAG